AUGUCGUCUGUGCCGGAAAAGGGACAUGGCCAUCCUGUUCAUAUCGAUAUUCAAGAUGAUCGUGUAUCGCCUCGAGAAGACGGAGAUGAUGCCAGUCCUGGCAUGAAGAACAGCAAGGGAUGGGACGGAAAGUUACGAAUUCCCAAAUCAGCCCUGGUAACAAAUCCAGAAGCCGUCUCCGACCCCGAGUAUUCCGACGACGAUAAUAUAUUGCCUGGCGAUGAGAUUCGAGCUGACGAAGAUUUACUUGACAGCGAAAGCUCCGAUACCGAAGAAAUCAUGUGCACUCAUUCUCGCAUCCGUUCCAUAUCCUCUCUACGUCUUGAGCGCUUCAGUAAUGUCGUUAGAAUAUGCCUUCGACAAAACAGUAUCCAAGAGAUCGAGGGGCUUGCUCCUUUGGCAGACACACUCAAGGAUAUAGACCUCUACGACAACUUGAUUUCACACAUGAGAGGUCUGGACGAACUCAGGAAAUUAACGAGUCUCGACCUAAGCUUUAAUAAGAUCAAGCACAUCAAAAACAUUAGCCACCUGACGCAGCUGAAGGACCUGUUUCUCGUCGCCAAUAAGAUUAGCAACAUUGAGGGUUUGGAUAGCCUUGAUAAGCUUACAUCGCUAGAGCUGGGUUCGAACCGCAUCCGGGAAUUGAAGAACUUGGACAAGCUCAAAAGUCUAGAGGAGCUUUGGGUGGCCAAAAACAAGAUAACGAACUUGACUGGCCUGGGCGGAUUACCAAAUCUUCGACUCCUGAGCAUUCAGUCCAACAGGAUCGUGGACUUAUCCCCGCUAAAAGAGGUUCGAGGCCUCGAGGAGUUGUACAUCUCCCACAAUGCUGUGGAGUCAUUGGAGGGAAUCAAAGAAAAUACAAAGCUGAAGAUACUAGACAUUUCCAAUAAUCAGGUUAGCAGUCUCCAAGGUCUUGCUGGUUUAAAAGACUUGGAGGAGGUUUGGGCCAGCUACAAUAAGAUUGGCGACUUUGUCGAGGUUGAAAUGGCAUUGAAGGACAAAGCGAGCCUGUCUACGGUGUAUUUCGAAGGCAAUCCUCUUCAGCUUCGCGGUCCAGCUCUGUAUAGAAACAAGAUCCGCUUGGCUUUGCCACAAGUCAAGCAAAUUGACGCUACAUUCGUAAGAGUAUAG